AUGGAAAACCGGAAGACAAGGUGGGAGGACCGGGUGGUUGACCGGCCGGAUGACCCGGGGGACGACAGGCCGAAUGUCCUAGGCACUGCCGCUUCAGAAAGCAGAGGACAGAAGCAAAGUGUUCACUUUGAAAACAUUUACAUAACAACUGGUGGAGGUGGCGGUGGCGGUAGUGAAAUUGUGGAAUCAACAUCUGAGCUUGAAUUGCCAGGAUUCCGAUUUCACCCAACAGAGGAAGAACUUCUCAGCUUCUACCUUAAAAACAUCAUUUUUGGCAAGAAAUUGGGAAUUGAUAUUAUUGGUUUCCUCAACAUCUACCAUCAUGAUCCUUGGGACUUACCUGGACUGGCAAAGAUUGGGGAGAGAGAGUGGUACUUUUUUGUGCCAAGGGAUAGAAAGCAUGGCACUGGAGGGAGGCCUAACCGGACCACUGAAACCGGGUUUUGGAAGGCAACGGGUUCGGACCGCAAGAUAUUAACCUCGUCUGACCCGAAAAAGAUCAUAGGACUGAAAAAGACACUAGUGUUCUACAAAGGAAGAGCACCCCGUGGAUGCAAAACCGAUUGGGUCAUGAAUGAGUAUCGUUUGCCUGAUAAAUGCCCCUUACCACAGGACAUAGUACUGUGUAAGAUAUACAGGAAGGCAACCUCCUUGAAGGUGUUGGAACAGAGGGCAGCAAUGGAGGAAGAAAUGAAGACAACAACCCAUGCAUUUCUUCAACCUUCUUCUCCCCCAAUGGAUCCAACAAUCUCAUUUUUCAGUCAAUACGAAGACUACUUGGCACCACCAAUGGCCUCCCAACACGUGGCCUUCAAGCAAGAAGAUGAAGAUGAUCUACUAAUACUAGAAGACAAAAAUUUUGAAGAAACAGAGGAAAGCAGAGGAAUCAUUGCUACUUCUCUUCUGUUGCCGGAGCUCCAAGUGCCUAGGUUGGGCAUGGACUGGACCCAAGACCCGUUUUGGACCCAGCUAAGAAGCCCAUGGCUUGACAAUUUGACUCCCUAUGCCACUACUGUACAAAACUUCUAAGGCCUGUUUUCUAGGUUAUAUAUAUGCUUAAAAUUGAGCAAGAAUUGGAGAUUGUAGAUAGCCGCCCGGAUUUACCUGAUACACGUGAUUAGUAGUAAUUAUGUGUAUUUGAAGUUUAUUCUGUAGGGGUGAGUUCAAAGUGGUUUUAUCGUAGAGAGAUUUCUUAUUAAGUGAUGAACCAAAAGUAUUAUAGGCAUGAUAACUUGUUUAGAAGACUUAAAGCGUUUAACUGAUCCAAAUUAAUAAAUAAUUUUAUAUCUGUUUUAUUAGAA